AUGAAAGAUUUUUGUCUGGAGAAGCCACUACUUGAAGGAGGUGGGUCUAAGGUAUUUAUAAGUACGGAAAGUGUUCAGAAGAGGCUAAUCUAUGCGAUUAUCUUUUGUAUAAUCUUCGCAGUAAUAGAGGUUGUUGUUGGUAUAUUAUCAAAUUCCCUAGCAUUAAUAUCAGAUGCAUCUCACCUUAUUUCUGACAUAUGUAGUUACCUCAUUUCUUUAUUUGGUAUUUAUCUGUCCAAAAGAAAGGCAACUGAAACGAUGUCAUUUGGCUACAAUAGGGCUGAAAUAAUUGGAGCUUUGCUAAGCAUUCUACUGAUAUGGAUGAUGACAAUUAUGCUUGUUUAUGAAGCCAUUCAGAGAAUGUUGUACCCUGUAAGUGUUGAUGGCUUUUCUAUGUUUGUUACUGCUAUCUUUGGCACUUUGUCUAAUUUAUUCAUUAGCUUUGUCUUAUCCGUUCACAACCAUGGAAUGGGAUCUAUUGGAGCUGAUUGUGGACACCAACACAGUCAUUGUAAAGAAUAUGUGCAUGAGCAUGAGUAUGAAUAUAGACAUCAAUGCAAACAGGCUCACCUCCAAAAUGAAUUUCAUAACAAAGAUCAACAAUUUGAGGCUCGAGAACAGAUUGGAGGAAUUAACAACGCUACUUUGUUGGGAUCUCAACAAAGAAACCAAAUGAAAACUAAAGAUAUAGAUGAUGAAGUAGAUCAUUACACUAAUUUAAUGCAAUCUCCUGUUCUAAAAAGAGUAAACUCUUCUACUAAAAAAGAAUGCAUAGGUUUUCAAAAUGACUACUCUCACCUAGAGAAUCAUAAUCAUUAUCCUAACAAACACUCCUCUGAUGAAGAAAGCUUAGCACUAAGAUCUGCUUAUAUCCAUGUGAUAGGGGAUAUCUUGCAGAACAUUGGAGUUAUGAUUGCUGGGUUACUUAUUUGGUACAAACCAACAUGGACUAUUGCUGACCCUCUAUGUACCAUUUUAUUCUCAUUCUUCGUCCUUGCAACAACAUUCAGAAUCUUAAAAGAUUCUACUAAUGUCCUAAUGGAAGGAACUCCAGUAGGAAUUGAUUGUUUAUCAAUUCAAAAAGACUUCCUCAAACUCUCUUCAGUACUUGAAGUACACGAUCUGCAUGUUUGGUCCCUUUCUGUUGGAAUUCCUGCAUUAUCUUGUCACAUCGUAGUAGCCUCAGAAGAAAGUGCCAGAGUUACUUUAAGGUAUGCAACAGAUCUUUGUCAGAAAAAGUAUGGGAUAUUUCAUACUACUAUUCAAAUUGACUAUUCUUCAAAUAAGGUUACAUGUGGAACAAUACAUCAUCAAAAAUGUCUUAUUGUUUCCAAUCACCAAAAUAAAUAUGAAGAUCUGGAAGUAAUUCCUCGAAUUGAUUAUUCUGCCUAA